AUGAGUGCAGACAAAGAGCUUUUUCUGGACAUAUUGACCAAAGAAGAAAGAGAAGCAUUACUGACAAAGAAAAUGGAAGAGAUUCGUAAAAAGAAUGAAGCUCUUCGAAAAAGACAUGAGGAAAUUGAAGCUGAUAAAAGACAAGCUGAAAAAAUGAUAAAACCAAGUUCUCCCAAGAAAGAUAUAAAGACAGUGGAUUUCAACACUGGGAAAAAAGAAGAAUUUCACCGACAUUCUGGCUCAGAUUUUGAAUACCUAAGAAGUCGGACAGAUUUUGAUUACCUAAGAAGUCGGACAGAUUUUGAGCUUCCUUUUGAUGGUGAAGUCAAGAGAAGACAAAAAGCCUCAGGGCGUGGAAAAGGACCUGGUGGUCGUGGCAAAGAAAGACCAAAAUCUUUGGAUGAAAAUGGAGGUCCGCACUCAGAACCUCCAUUCCGAGGUCGUCGAUCAUUGCAUGCAACAAUUCCAGGAGGAGGACACCGACUCGAGCGGGUGGCCACUAUGCCAGACCAAGAGAUGAAUGAGAUACAUAUUCAAAUCACUGGUAAUGUUCCAGAGCAUCGCUCAAGUUUCGCUAACUCCAGACAAACCAGAGAUAAACAUAGGGACAGAGAACGAGAACGGCCUGCAGAUAUUAAUGGACCACCACCCGACCCUGCCUACAACUUCCUUGCAGACAAGAGACGAGAAGGUCCUGCCCCAGAACGAGGGGACAGAGAUUCAGGAGGAGGAGGGGGAGGGGGAAGCAGUGGCAGAGGCGGCAAAGGGGGAGGAGGAGGAGGAGGUGGGAAUAUAGAAGACAGCAACAGAGAUGCUAGUCGACAAAAGGAUCACCGCAGGCAUCCUAAAAACUAUGGUGGAACAGAUUUUCAAAAUGUGAAAACCAAAAUGAAAAUUGCACGGGAGAAACAACAGGCUUUUACUGGUUCAUCACCUCAGUCCAAAAUGGAGAUGGCAAUAUCUAUGACUGGCCGAGAAAGGCGCCAGUACAUGGAGUGGAAGGCAGAAAGGGAACGUGUAGACAAAGAACGGAUUGAAAGGCAGAAAUCUGCCUCAGGUGAAUGGAGAAGAGAGUGGGAUGCUGAAAAGAAUCCACAAGAGUAA